AUUUUCAGUCUACCCAGUUGAUGGAAAGUGUCUACCUCAGUCGUUGGAAUGAAACAUCCUGUAUGAAGUCAGAGAAAGACAUUGUUUUUGUUUUGAUGAAAUCAAUGGUUCCAGCUAAGAUUACAGCCUUCAAAGUACUUACAUUGAACUACGAAACUUUCUUAAAGGUUGUGAAGCUCUCAUUUUCUUUCUACACCUUAUUAUCUACGGUUACCAACUGAUAAGCACAAACGAACACACAAGUUACAGGACAAGGACGCUAUUACCAUGGAAACGAGUUAAAACAAAAGAACUACUACGUAUAAUAAAUUAGUUGAUGCAUUUUAAGUGUUAUUAUUAAUGCGUCUAGACAAAAAAUAAUAGUAAUAAUAAUAAUAAACGUCUUAGAAGAGCGAAGUUGACCUUCAGCUAUUACUAUUAUAAAUAC